AAACUGUUGAUCCAGCUCAAGGUUGAGUUACAUUGCCCUUCUUUGUCCCAGGGGGAACCAAGUCCUGCCUGCGGCUAAUGUCAACAUCUACCAAGUCCUGAAGAUUGAGCCAUCACUGUCACUCAAGAGGCGUAUCUGUCCCCUCGAAGACAGGCUACCAACCGCGGCCAAGGAUUCGCCGUGAUGCCAAAAGGCUAGGUCAGGUCAAUUACAACCCUCAGCUAGACCGCCAUGGAGGAGCUACUUGCGAAACACCGCAAGGAAAAGCGCGACCUCCAAGCAAAGAUCACGCAGAAAAAGAAGAACGUGACCAAGAAGACCCGAAAGGGAGUGAAUGACGAAUGCGAAAGACUCGAGCGGGAACUGGCUGAGAGGCAGCAGGCCGAGAUCCAGGAGUUGGAACCCAAAGAUCCCAAUGAACUACAGGAGGCGCUGGAAGAUCUCGAUAUCGGUGAGCACCCAGGGGGAGAGAUCAAUGGCGGGCCGGACCUUGAACUGGCGCCGGCCAAACAAGUCGACGCCGGAGAACCAACGCCCGUGGACCAGUCUCGAGCUCGAAAACCAAACCGGCAAAAGGCAAGGCUGGCACGCCGCGCAGCCGAACAAGAGGCACAAGCCGCAGCGGCAGCUCUCGAGGCAGAGAACCUUCCCGAUCUGCGUGAGCAAGAACUCGCCGGCAUGAAGCAACAAAUGGCCAAACUAGGCUUGUCAGAAACGCUCAUCCGGCCCGAUGGACACUGUCUCUUCUCCGCCUGCGCACACAGCAUGCCCCCCGACCGUCUUGCCGCAAACUCCGACGGGAACAAAAAGGAGCCGUACGAGAAGGUCAGAUGCGCGGCAGCGGAGUUCAUGGCUCGACAUCCCGGGGAUUUCGAGGCGUUCAUGGAGGAGCCGUUGAAUGCGUAUGUGAAAAAGAUCAGAGACACGGCAGAAUGGGGCGGCGAGUUGGAGUUGCAGGCCAUUGCGCGAUCGUACAACGUUGAGAUCAACGUGCUCCAAGCGAGUGGGCGGGUGGAAAAAAUCUCCUCUGGAUCAGAUGUCCCUCAAGAAGGCUCGAAUGACACCAUCUGGCUGGCAUAUUAUCGACACAGCUUUGGGCUUGGUGAGCAUUACAAUGCGUUGAAGAAAGUGGACAAAAGUUGAGCAACUACUCCUUGUUUUCACGUCGAAUCAUUACCCGUUCACUUGAACACGAAGGUUUUGAUGGGCUGUUGAAGCCCAGGGAGCUCCUCUGCCCCCAGACCAGCCACAAUCUCAACGGUGGCGCCAAACCGAGAUAUAGUCCUCCACAUUACCGUCCUUGUCCUUGCCCACGUUGUGCGUGUCGGCUGGAUGCCAAUGCCCCACCCUUUCCAGUGCACCUGGGCCAGACGGAGCGAGCGGAUUCAUCUUGACGUUGCCUUCCUCAUCGUAGGGGAUUUCUUCCCCUGGGUGGCUCAGAUGUUCGAAGUAUGUCUUCGGAGCAACCCCGUAAGGGGGACCACCGGACUUGACGGGUUUGGCAACUGGGAACUCGAGACAGACAAGAUUUGCUUGCGGGGACUGGCGGAGGAGCUCGGUCAUGCGUUUGGCCCAAGCAGGGCGCAUACCUGGGUGCAUUGCGCAGAAGAACUGGAAAAGCACGUGUGAGUGUGUGAUCGUGGAUCAACUGGGAUGUGCGGUAACACGAAAAGAUCAACAACCCAGAGGAUGAGUUUCUCGUCUGAUGAAAGGACAACGACGGUAACAAGAGAACGUAGGUCAGGAAGGUUACUCACAGUAUAGUCAUAAAUCAAAUCGAACUUGCCAUCCCAC